AUGGAGAUGAAAUUGGUGGCGGAGGCGGCGGACGAGACGGCCUAUGAGGGUGACGGUGCCGGCAAGCUUCUCCUCCACCCUCUUGGAUUCGCUCUUCCUCACUAUGCUGAUUCCUCCAAAUUCGGUUAUGUUCUUCAAGGUGUGUGCACGGUUGGAUUGGUGGCACCUAACAGUACGGAAGAAACAGUCGUAGUGAUCAAGAAAGGGGAUGUAAUUCCACUGCCAAGUGGGGUGGUGUCAUGGUGGUUCAACGGUGGUGAAACCGAUAUGACCAUUGUAUUCAUCGGUGAAACUACCAAAGCUCAAAUGCCAGGUCAAUUCACCUACUUUUUCAUGGCUGGAGUUCUUGGGAUUCUACGCGGAUUCCAAUCAGAUGUUGUUGCUAAAGUCUUCGGCCUGAACAACAAGGAAGCGGAAGAUAUUGCAACAAGCCAACCAGGUGCUCUGAUUGUUAAACUGAGGAAUGGAAUUGCGUUUCCCAACGCAAGUGAACACGUUAAGGAGAAACUAUAUGGAGCCAUUGAUACUCCGGAACCAGAAGCGGAUGUGGUUGUGAAGGGCGGUGGAAUCAUCAAUUCCUUGACGGAAAAAGAUUUUCCGAUGCUUGUUGGGAUGGGUUUGAGUGCAAGAUUUGUGAGACUGAAAGGUAAGGCUAUAUUGGCACCAAGCUAUGUGGCAGACGGGUCGGUUCAAGCCAUUUAUGUUGCCAAGGGAAGUGGUCGGAUCCGGGUCGUGGGUGGUGAUGGAACUCCUAGUUUUGAUGAUGAAGUGGGAGAAGGGGAAUUGAUGGUUGUUCCUCAAUUCUUUGCUGUUACUGUGAUUGCAGACGAGUGUGGAAUGGAGCUUUUCUCGAUCACAAAUACCUCCAAGCCUGUUUUCGAGCAACUAGCUGGAAAAGUGUCGGUUUGGAAGGCAUUAUCACCUGAGGUUUUACAAUCUGCUUUGAAUAUCAGUCCUCAACUGGAUCAAAUUUUCAGGUCGAAGAACACCGAAAGUUUGAUGAUUAUACCUCCAAGAUCUUAAAAAAAUAUGGCUGGUGUAAGGGCAACGUUGUGGUUUGAAUUAAUGUUAAUAAAUAGCAAAAUAAAUGUAUGUAUUUCAAUUUUCUGAUUUUAAACUUUAUUGUUCCA